AAAAACCUCUAGUUGUCUGUUUCGAGAUCAAGUAGUCUUUAAAAAGCAUGCCUUUUAGAUUUCAAUGUAUCAAUGGAUGUUUAGUGUGGUGGUUGACCAUGGUUCAUUUUGUUGCUGGAAUUACACUUACAGUCAGUCCGUCCAAUAACGUUGAAGUUCACCAGGUGGUGACUCUACAGUGUGAGUUAGAUCCGAAUUCAGUUCCUCCAAUCCUUGUGAUAUUUUCAGUGAAGCCAACAACUACCCUUUGUUUGUUGGAACCGUUAAAUGGCACAUGUAAAUAUACCCAGUCUUCUUGUUUAUCUACUUACAAUGCUUCAUGUUCCAAUGAAACUGUGUUUAGUAUACAGGUGAAUGUUCCACAAAGCUGGAAUGGUGCGUCUAUCUGCUGCCAAACGAUUUUUUCAACAAGUAACUAUGUCAACUUUUCCGUUAAAGUACCGGUGACAUCAGUGACGAUAACUCCGGUAGCAACCACAUUGAUAGACGGACAAGUUAUCAAUCUAAUCUGUAUAACAUCGUACUGUAACCCACCAGCUAAUAUCAUGUGGUACAAAUCAACGACGGCCAUACAUGUAACCAACCAUUCAACAUCUACAAGGAAUAUAUCUGAUGGUUUAGUUAGAACAACAUCUUCCUUACAGACUCAAGUUGUCAAAAUGGACAACGGAAAACAUGUGUAUUGUACAGCGAGCAACAUACCAGGCCGCAGUAUUAAUUCUACUGUGCUUACAUUGGCCGUUUUGUAUAAACCAGAAGUGACAAGUACCAUAAGUCCAUACAUAGUUAUAGAGGGAAAGACAGCUACACUGGAAUGUAUACUGACCGAUGCAAAUCCGAGCAAAGGUAUUGCGUGGAAGUGGUUCAAAACAGACAGUCCCAGCAUUGUGCUUUACAAAGGGCCGAUCUUUAAAAUCGCAAACAUACAGAGGGAUAAGUCAGGAUCAUACAAUUGCACAGCCAACAACUUUGUAGGGACAUCAGAAGCAGUCACAAUUCAUGUAGAUAUACAAUAUAAACCGGAAGUGACAUCAAGUAUCCCAAGUCCAUACAUAGUUACAGAAGGACAUACAGCUUCAUUGGAGUGUAGAGUGACUGCCGCCAAUCCUAACUUUAGUAUCAUAUGGAGAUGGUACAAAACAGACAAUCCCAGCAACGUCCUUCACAACGGACCAGUAUUAGCAAUUCCAAAUAUAAAGAAGAACAGGUCGGGGACGUACAGUUGCACAGCCAGCAACGAUGUAGGGACAUCAGAAGUAGUUGAUAUUAAUAUUGAUGUACAGUAUAGACCAAAUUUGACGUCAAAUACACCAAAUCCAUAUAAAGUUAUAGAGGGCCAGACAGCUACUUUGGAGUGUAGAGUGACUGCCGCCAAUCCUAAUUCUAGUAUCGUAUGGAGAUGGUACAAAACAGACAAUUCAAGCAACGUCCUUCACAAUGGAUCAACCUAUACCAUCCAACAUGUAGAAAGAAAUAGGUCAGGAUCCUACAACUGUACAGCCAUCAACUCUGUAGGGACAUCUUUCCCUGCUAAUAUUUACUUAAAUGUACAGUAUAAGCCAGAAAUAUUAGAUAAACCUAGCACUUUAGUAAAUGAGAGCGAGAAAGUCAUAAUAACUCGAACAAUAGUCAGCAAUCCAUUGGCAGAUGUCUACUGGUAUAGAGGACAACAGUUACUGCAAACUCAGUUGUUGGUGAAUAAAACAACAUUUAUCAUAGAGAAAGCCUCAUGUACAGAUACAACAAAUUUCACCCUUGUUGCUAGUAACGAAGUGGAAAGGAACGUUACAGCCUUGGUGGAACUCAUGGUUAAUUGUAAGCCAUGGGUAGCCAACUCUAAUGUUACUUUGAGGGUGACAGACACUGCUGUACUGAAUUUUUCAGUCAUAGUUAAUGCAUUCCCAGAGCCUCAGUACGAAUUAAACUAUUUCAAUGGAACAAGAAACACUCACAUGAUACACACUAUCACAAGGAAUACAAUGAAUAAUUUUUCAAUUAAUUUCAAUCAAAAGUCCGUGAACGAAUGUGACCGUGGAACUUAUCACUUAAAAAUUUGGAACCUAUAUGGAGAAACCACGAUAAUUGUCAACAUCUUCAAACAAAGAAAACCAGAUAAUCCCAGAAACAUAGGAGUAAAAUGUGAAGGAACACGUGCCAUCGUGCAAUGGAUCUCAUCCUUUAAUGGUGGAGAUCACCAGACAUUUGAUGUUUUUGCUUUAAACGGUCAACAAAGAGGCAACCAGUCUAUUCGAAUUCCAGACAUGGGUGAAAAUAAAUUACACGAAGCACACGUACAAAAUCUUCAACCUUCUAUAACGUAUGUGUUUUACGUUUCUGCACAAAAUAACUAUGGAUUUAGCAUAUCGGACAUUAUCAGCUGCAUGACAUCCAAAGAAACAAAAAAUAGUCAGACCGGAACGAUUGCAGGCAGUGUUGCUGGGAUUUUGCUGUUGAUCACAAUUGUUCUUAUUGUGUUUCUAAUUAACAAAUGUUAUGUUUGCGAUUUAACAAUCCAUAAAAGAAACAGCAAGGAAGCAAACAAAGAAUCAUCUUUCUAUACAGCUAUAACAGAACAACAGGAAAACAGGGAAAGGAAUAUGUAUGACGAGUUGACAAAAGACGAAAAUCGAAGCCAGUAUGAGGCUGUACUAAUGACAGAAAAACAAGGACACAAUGAAAAACUGUAUGAAGAAAUGCAAAAGUCAACAUCUGAAGAUUCUGAAAGUCAAAGCAAUUCUAAAGACCGGAAAACGAUUUUGAAAGGUUCAGUUGACGAACGGUGUUUGGAACAAGACGUUGAAGAAUACGCUAACACAUCAUUUAAAGAUUGAAUCUUUCUGUGUUUCUGUGGGUGGCUAGAUUUGCGUUUUUCGUCGUCCACCCGGAGAACGGAUAGGGAUUAGAGGAGUUCAGAACCUUUAAUAGUUAUGGAUACGAUCUCAGAAAAUAUUUCUUCUGUAUACACUUGUUUAUGAAAUUAAUAUAAAAGAAUGUUACAUGUAAAUGUUGCAAAAAGUGUUAUUUUAUGGACUGUAGAGAGACUUCAGAUUAUAUACAAGUUUUUAAAAAAAAAAGGUUUAGGGUUUUUUAACGGAAAUGAUUAAAAAAAUAGUCCUUUACGUUAAAUAAGGAAAAAGUUGUAGGUAAUAUAAUUUGGAAAGGGGUC